AUGGUGAUUAAACGAUGGCGAGACGGCUUUUUGAUGUUAUUGAUAGCUGUGGCUUUGCAUGCUACCUACGGCCUUCUACUCUUUGCCUAUCAGUCAAAUCAAUGGAUGGUGGCAAAUCGCACGAUUAUUGGAGAUGAUCAUGCCCAGCAAAUAGGAAUUGGAAUCUACUUUGGAACUGUUGUGGUGAAAUCUCAUCGAAAAGUAUCGAGUGCCGAGUUGGCUUUGAUGACCCAGAUGCUGGUCAACACGACGCUCACUCUCGGCAACACGAUUUUUAUGUAUUUCAUCGGCAACCUCAUGCUCUUUUGUCUUGACAACAACGCUGUGCAGCUUUUCUCGCAACUCAUCGACUUCAAUACGUUUUUCUUCUUUAAUUUGAUCUCAAGUUCGGUGACGGCUGAGUGUUUUCGUAGAGGAAUCAAGAAAUCGCGAAACAACUUACAAGUGUCACAAACGCCUACCCUGACGAGAAGCGCCACAAAAAAAGCCACACCGACACUU